UUAAUGGUGUUUGAUGAACCCAAUUUAUGAACCCUUCUUCCAGUAUUUUCAAUCUCCCCCUCCUUCUGCAAUUUCCCCUUCAUUGCCUCUUAUCUGUUUGAUGAUUCUCCCCAAACAGUUUUGAAAGGUUGCUGUUGCUGUUUUCAUGGAACUUACAGAGUUGUCUUUGGCUUCAAACAUAUGUGUUUCAGCUGAUCAAACAAGCAGCUUCGCUCCGUCAUCUCAUCAUCAUCAUCAUCAAGCUGAUGGGUUCAAUUUUCCUUCAAAAAAAAGGAAGCUUUUCCCAUAUCAGUUUCAAACCAGUGUUGAUCUUCAAGUUAAAGACUCUCUGCCAUUAGGCUGGGAACAAUGUCUUGAUCUUGAAUCUGGUAGAAUGUACUACAUGAACAGGAAAACCUUGAAGAAGACGCGGAAUUGGCCUAGAGAUCAGAAACUAGACCUUGAGCUCAACAUCUCACCAACAAGCUCUGAUUGCUCGGAACAUUUCAACGGUUGUUUGAUCUCGGUCGAAGACUCCUACGACAAGAAUCGACAACAUGCUUCGAACACCACCAACAUGGUGGCUUUGCCAUGCUUGAAUUGUCAUCUUCUUGUCAUUCUCUCCAAAUCAUCCCCUGCUUGCCCUAACUGCAAGUAUGUGCACUCUCUUCCUACAUUGCAAACCACUAAGUCUCUUAGUACCUUGAGCCUCUUAAACUAAGACAACCGUGUCAAGACCCCAAUUUAGCUCAAUCUAAGAUUCUC